AUGAAAAGAAGCAAUAAUUUUAGAUACAAACUCUUCGAGUUUAUUAGGUCCUUAGAUUAAUAUGGGCACCCAAUAGCUUUUAAAUAUAAAAAUAGCUCAACGUUUAAAACCUCUUUUGGUGGUAUUGUUACACUAUUCGUGAGAUCACUUAUUCUCGCCUUUCUAAUAUCUGAAAUUCUAAAGACUGAAACUUUUGACAUAAGAAACUAAUAUAAUUGUCCUAUUGAUUUCAAAACUGCAUUUUAUGGUCAAUUCUCUACUUAAUAAGCAUCAAUGCUUUAAGUAUAAGUAAAAAAAUGUAAUCAAACGAACCUUUCUAUCAAGAAUAAAAAUUUGACCUGUGCUUCACCAUCAGAAAUCGACUUUGUUGUCAACUACUUAACAAUAACCAUCUUAAUGACUAAUUAGUUUAUUGAUGUUAAUUAAAAGUAUGGAAAUCCAAUCAAAACAGUAUUAAAACAAUUUUUUGCAACAGCACAGUCUGGACUUUCACUAUCAUAUUAAUUGAAAAUUGGAGAGAAUUUUCUUAUUUAAAGCACAUCUUCAAUUUCUAAUUUGCUAGGUCAAUAAAAUUUGACAUACUAUACAAUAACAAAUGAUUAAUUUUAAAUAGCAGAUAUUUAAGACUCAGGUAUAUUUAUAACAUGCCAAUUGCUUCUUGAUGACAUUGUAACCACUACUAACUUAGAAUUAUUUACAUUAUCAGAUGCUCUUUCAAAUACUGGAGGUAUCAUUGGAAUUAUCUCAAUCAUCGUUUAAAUAUUAGUUUCUAGUAUAUAGCAACACUUCUAUUAUUAAUCUUUGAUCAAACAAUAAUUUCAAAUCUCCUCUGAUUUACUUGAAAAAUAGCACUUAAAUGUAAAAAUAGGGCAACAAAACUCAGCUAAUCUAGAACUAUCAUCCACUACUUUAGAUUAAAAUAAUGAAAAAGCAAUUAAACUUGGAAGCUUAAUUGAUGACUUAAAAAAUUGA